AAUCAAUCAAACAAACAUACAAACAUACAAACAAAUAUAUAUACACAUACAACAAAUUAUAAUAUAAGAAUGACUUCAAGAAUAGUAUCCAGAGUUGCAAAAGGAAUAGAUACAUCGGAUGGAGAUGGAGUAAAUUUGAAGAGAGUUAUUGGUGGACCAGUGGAGAGAGUGGAUCCUUUUAUAAUGAUGGAUGAGAUAGAGAGUGACGAUUCGAAUGAUUAUAUGGCAGGAUUCCCAGAUCAUCCUCAUAGAGGCUUCGAAACAGUGACAUACGUGUUGGCAGGAUCAAUGGAACAUAGAGAUCAUAAAGGAAAUCAUGGCAUACUGGUGCCAGGCAGUGUACAAUGGAUGACGGCUGGACGUGGAAUCAUACACUCAGAGAUGCCCAAGAUGGAGGAGGGCUUGAUGCAUGGCUUCCAGAUUUGGGUCAACCUGCCAGCCAAGGACAAGAUGGUUGAGCCCCGCUACCAAGACAUCUCGCCAGACAAGGUGCCCAUCGUCGAGGACUCUAAUGGAAACAAGAUAAAGGUGUUGGCUGGAUGCUACAAGAAGGUGACUGGACCAGUUGAAGGCGUUGUAACCUCGCCCCUGCUACUCGACGUGGAAAUUGCACCGGGUGCAACAUUCAUUGAAGAGAUACCAGUUGGCCACUCAUCAUUCGCCUAUGUGUUUGAGGGUUCUGGAAAGUUUGGCCCUGCCGACAAUCAGAAGGAGGUGAACAAAUCACAUAUUGCACUACUUGAUGGAUCGAAUGGACAGACUCAAAUCGAAGUGACAUCAGAGAAGGGAUGUCGAUUCCUGCUCGCAGCUGGCAAACCAAUCAACGAGCCUAUUGCCCAACGUGGACCAUUCGUCAUGAACACCAAAGAAGAGAUCUAUCAAGCCAUCUCUGAUUACCAAAAUGGAUUGUUCUAA